AUGCAGCACAGCAAAGGACCCGAUUCUCCGGAGAUGGGGAGGACGGUCUCGCGCUCGCGCAGCACCAGUAUUUCCAGCGACUCCCAACUCCCCCGAGCCCACCUGCUCGCCCCCACAGUAGUUACACCAGCGCCUACUUUUAUCGCCUCUUCCGCUGCAGCCCAGAUUAUCACCACAGACCAGGAAUUUAAUGCGGCCGACUUUGUUCCCGAUGAAGAUGGACCGGGCUCUCCUGCCAGUGCUUUUGUGACUCGCGAGGCUCUGUCAGCCCUCAACGGUUUCCUUGACUACCUUCUAUUUGAUAUCCUAGCUGCAGCAAAAUCAACACAGUUGGCCUGCAUCCGACCAGCGGUGGCGGACGUCCUAAAGCCCCGUCUCGCCAAGGAAGUGGUAGAGGCAGCGGAUGAUGAGCUGAGUGAGGUCUUGGGUGGCCCGGAAGACGAGCAACUCGAGUUCCGUGGCGGUCAGACCCCUGGCGGUGAAUUCGACCUGAUUCGUUCGUGGAAGCUCACUCGCCUGCGAUGUAUGGUUUACACGCGACUGGGGGACAUGGAAGAGGACGAGGAGGAAGAGCAUAUCGCACGGGAAGGCCUAGCCGAUGAAGACGGCGUCCCGCGAAGACUGGCUAGUCACGUAGGGAAUAUCACACCCGCCGCCGCCAUUUUCUUGACUUCGAUUAUCGAGCAUUUGGGCGAACAAGCAUUGAUCAUCGCGGGUGAGACAGCUCGGUCACGAUUGUCGACCAAGCUCGAGCAAGAUUCUGAAGAAUCUAUGGAGACUGGUAUCAAUCGCGCAAGUAUGGAUCGACUGGUUGUGGAGGACCAUGACAUGGAGAAGUUGGCCUUGAAUCCGACUUUGGGCCGACUCUGGCGAACAUGGCGCAAACGCGUCCGGGGGUCCAACCUGUCGCGGGCAGUUUCACGAGAAUCAAUGCGCCGCCGCCAUAGCGUGUUCACCACUACCGGCAGUAGGAAGAGCAGCGUUUUCACCGCAGAUGAAUUCUCCGUCCGUUCGGCAACCUCACCAGUCCCCGAAACACCAAAAGAUGUCGACCCAACCUUGGUACCCUUGCCGCUUAAUGACCACGAUAUCCAGGAAAUCGAGGUCCCUGGUUAUCUGCCAGAGCUUGAGACCGGCGAGAUCCAGACCAUGCAGGCUGUAGUAGCCCACAAAGUUCGUCCCCAUAGUCUUAUGGUACUCACCCUGCCUUCCCCGAGAUCACCAUCAUCGAACGGCAACUCGCCCCUUACCCCUAAGCUACAGACCGUGACAAUCACCCGUCAUGCUCGAUCAAGAUCGUUGCCCAACGCUGGACCCGGGGAGGAGACACCGGAACCUGAGCAGUUUCCAGAGCGACCGUCACCGACUGCGUCCGAGGAGCGGCGGCGCUUGGAGACAAUGUACGAACAUGAUGAAGAUGACGAGCGGAAUGCCGACCAGGAACACAAGGAGGAAACUAUUGAACUCGUGAAUCAAGUAGACCAAGAGACAAACGCAGUGCCGGAGACGACCACUGUUCUAGCCACCUCUGCUGUCGCCCACGAGGUGAUCACUCCGGUGUCCCCAACGUCACCGAUCGAGACAGAACUCGAGGGUCAAGGGGCACGUGCAAGACCAAGAUUGGCCUCAGCGCAGCGACCACGGCCAAAAACGAUGCGAGAAUCAUCGAUUUACGAAGAGCGGUCACCACCUGCUACUCCUGUUUUGGUGGAGGAACAAUUUGGGUCAACGGUCGAAGAAGACGCACCGCAGACGCAAGGGGCUGACUCCGCCUCGGUAGCGCCCGCUGUCGAUCUCGACGAGUUAUCAUCCGAGGAGUCUGUAGCCCCUCCUACAACUCGAUCUUCGACUGAUGACGGCUAUUCGUACAAGGCCUCCAGGCCCCUUUCUACCUCUGGUGAUAGCGCCUCCUCUGACGUCUCGCGGAGACUACCCAAAUCUAGCCCCCUCUCCCACGGUACCGAUCAUCGCUACGGGCGGUCCAGCCCUGGAAUCUCGUCUGUGAAAUCCGGCAUUGAGCGUGCCGCCGUUCAAAGACUGUCAGGGCGACCAACCACCUCGGUGGCAUCUUCAAGCUCUUCCAAACCGCGCCGCUCGGACAGUUUCGGCAGCAGCCGCGAGAGGCGUCCUGUGACGUCCGGCACAUCAUCCGCUUCAAGCAAGCUGAAAGGCCUGAUUGUUCGUACAGGGGAUUCCAACUCUUUGCGCCUGCGAAACUCGUCUGAGAUAAGCAGGGUGUCAACUCAGGAGUCAGCUUUCGAUGACACCACCGGCUUAGAUGAGCUUAUCCGUAGCGAAGAAACUCUACAUUUCACACUGACUCCUAGGAACAUGAGAGAAAUGGAGCUGCCUGAUUCACCCAGAUGGCGAGCCCAGCAGACCACCUCGUCCGAACCGGAUAUCGCGCGACCAAGAACAUCUCACGCAUCUUCCAAGAGCAUCAUGGACCUUGCUCCAAUGUCCAAGUGCAAAUCAUCGGACCAACCAAAAUACACCCCGAUCGUGGUUCCUUCUGUGCUCCCACCGCAGCCCACCACCGAGCCAAGUAUCGUAUCGCCGACAUCCAUCAAUUCUACUGGAUCAGGUACUCCUACGAUCACUGGAUUUGACAAAAGCGGUUCUGGCAAGCCAUCAAGCGUGCGCCGCGUUUCUGAUGCGACAGAUGUCUCACGCAGGGUCUCCAGACCAGCGAGUGCUUCAGCUCGUAACAGCAGUGCACGUUUGCAAGCACGCCCUGCUGUGGCCCCCAAAGGAGAUCAGACCUCCGAUUUGAUUGAUUUUAUUCGCGAGGGACCGCCUACUCCCGGAGCUCACCGGAUCUCACGUGCGGUGGCGCCAUUCCGCGAUACUAUGGACUCAGACGAAUUGCAGGCUCUAGAGUCGGGGCGUCCGAGUAUGCAAGGAUCGCUGACGGCAAAUACACUAACUUCCGUUGGCUCCCACACCGGUCUUCUGGAGACAGGUCUUCGGUCAAGCACUCCCACCACAUAUAGCAAGGAGAUAUCAGAAGAUAUUCGACCGAAACGAACGCAGCGUCGCGUUCGAGACCCCUAUGCAAUUGACUCGGAUGAUGACGACCUUGAAGACCUUCUCGAACCCGCGAAACCAAAGCGCGAUGAGGAGAGUCUGAUGGAUUUCCUGCGAAACGUACCACCCCCUGCGUCUGCAGCUCCCCCGCAACCUUUGACCACGAAUAUGGGUACUCGGCGUGGCUCGUCUGCUGGCUUUGCUGGUGCUUCAUCUGUGAAGACCCUGCUCUCUCGGACCACGGCUACCGAAAAGAACGUCCUCGCACAACCUUCAAGGAGCUCCCUCCGCCAGACGCCUGACAGUUAUAUGACUGGGGCAAACAACAACUAUACGACUAAAUCUGGUGGAUCCAUGAAUGCUGCCUACGGCUUACCGUCUGUUUCUCAGAGGCAAACCGAGACUAGUGCGCUAGCCGACUUUCUGAAGAAUACUGGCCCUCCUGAGCCUCCAGUGACCAGACCUACGCAAACCGCUCCCCCAACUAAGCCGAAGGAAUCAGGCUUCUCGCGCCUUUUCGCACGUCGAAAGAAGAUCGAGGUCUGA